CCACAACAAAGUAUAGAGUAUAGGGGGUUCGUCGGAGUGUGUCGCCCCGCUCUUUUCGCGCUCCGUGUCAGCGCCGUGCGUACGUGCGUGCAUGCGAGCGAGUGAGCGAGCGAGCGAGCGCCACGAGAGCCCUACGAGUCGACUGCGGCGCGCGGUUUCCUGGGUGACGGGCUGUCGCCUUCGAGACCAAGGCAGUAACGAAAAGGAGCGCGCGCGCGCGCGCGCCUGUAGAAGAAACAGAGAGAGAGAGAGUGAAAAGGAGAUAGAGAGCGCGCCCGCUCGACGACGACGACGACGGCGGGACACGUCGUUCGGCCGCGCAAGUGCGCCCGGGCGCCGCUGCGUUCGAGCACACGCCAUUCAUGAAGACAGAUUCGUCUCUCCAGCAGCGGAGAGGUAGUAGCGGUGGUGGCGACGACUCAGUGGGUGCAGAGAGAGACGAAGGAGUGAUUGCCAUGACUACGACAGGAGCCCAGUAUGCCCUCGCAGCAUCCACCGGGGCUAAUAACAGUGGGGGUAGCUCCACGACGGUAGGGGUGGAUUCUAAGCAAAAUGUGGUUGUCGUGACUACUACUUCCAGUUCCAGUGGUGGUGGCAACGUAGCACAGACUCAGUCUGCCAGAGGCCAAGAACCAGAGUUCAUCACUGUCGUGACAAACCCUGAUGCUUCCAGUCCAAAUAACUUACAGCCCAUUCAGUUAUUGGUUCAGGAUCCACUUGAUACAGCUGCAGAUUCGUCCAACGGCUCAACAGGUACGCCAGCGCAUGUUACAGCACAGGUAGUGGUCAAUACUACUCAUUCUGGUCAGCACACAUUAGUGGAUUCUGAAGCUGCUUCUACAUCGGCUGGCACCAUUGUCAGUGGUUCGCCACACUAUAUAACAGUCACAGGCACCAGUGAUUCAUCAUCCUACGCGGCCCUCACAACAGCUGUAGUGUCCGGUGACGCAGAGGCGGUGGGGUCCGAGUCGAUCUCUCAUCCAACUUACGUUCAAUAUGUCGAAGGGGAUGGUUCCACGUAUAUACCAGCGAAUGGCCAGAUGACAUAUCCUGUUUACGCUGUCGGUGAAACGGGAGCAAUGUAUACUCCAGCUUCGGGUCAAUACUACACUCCAGCAACAACGCCAGUCACGUAUGCACAGGUCACAGGACAAGGCACGAAUUCGACUACCGGACAACUGUUGUCGCAGGGCAAUGGCACAUACUUGAUUCAACAGAGCGUAGUAGAUGGAGAUCCGACCCACACGCUCAUAUCCGCAGCUGCCACACGCACCAGCCCGCAAACAGAGACGGCGGAGGCUGUGGUUAGCGGUGGUGGCGGGGCGUACUUGAUCAGCAAUAAUUCUGGAGGUACCACUGUCACCGUGGAAGACACAGCGGCAAACGUGACGCAUGCUGCUAGAGUCUCCCAGGCCACCGUCCAUUGGUUAUUGGAGAAUUACGAAACCGCCGACGGCGUAUCCCUUCCAAGAUCAACACUUUACAAUCAUUAUCUGCGCCAUUGCUCCGAAAACAAAUUGGAUCCUGUGAACGCAGCUAGUUUUGGCAAAUUAAUACGUUCUGUGUUCUUGGGCUUAAGAACUAGGCGUUUAGGCACUAGAGGAAAUUCAAAGUAUCAUUAUUAUGGAAUUCGUGUUAAGCCAAGUUCACAGCUAACUGUAAUGAACGAGGAUGGCACAUCGAGACAACAGCAGAGCGCAAAUUCUCAAGCCAAGCGAUUCAAAUUUGUCAAUCAAAAACAGGACUCUUCUUACGAAAAUAACGCACAUACAAAUACGAAUAUUUCCUCCAAUUCCUCAUCGCCACAAUAUCAUCAGUAUCUCGGUGAAGCGAGUGGCGCCAUUCCUGAUUUUCCAGACAUCUUUAUUAGUCACGAUUCGUCCCUGCCCGAGGAUUGCACCCUUGAAGACAUUGAUACCUUCCGCAGCAUAUACAGAGAACACUGCGAAGCGUUCUUGGAUGCGGUGCUGAAUUUCGAAUUCGCCACGGUAGAGAGCCUUUGGAGAGAAUUCUGGCGUAGCCAGGACAAUAAUAAUGGUGAUGAAUGUGAAGAGGAGAAGUAUUUGUCAAAAACUAAACUAUAUCAGAUGUGUCAGUGUACGGGAGUACAAGACUUUAUAAAAAAAGUGGACUAUACAUUCUAUCAGAAUCUAGUCGAUGUUUUAAUGCCUAACGUAUUGCGACCGAUUCCAAGUUCAUUGACGCAAUCUAUCCGAAAUUUCGCAAAGGGAUUGGAAUCUUGGUUACAGUCAGCGAUGGCCGAUUGUCCUGAAGAAAUGACGCAAAUUAAGUUAACUGCAGUGUCAGCUUUUGCUCAAACUUUAAGGCGUUAUACAUCAUUAAAUCAUCUCGCACAGGCCGCGCGAGCGGUGCUUCAAAAUUCUAGUCAAAUUAAUCAAAUGUUAGCUGACCUGAAUCGCGUUGACUUUCACAAUGUGCAAGAACAAGCAUCCUGGGUAUGCCAAUGUGACUAUGGGAUGGUACAACGUCUUGAAACGGAUUUUAAGGUAACAUUACAACAACAAAAUUCACUAGAAGAUUGGGCGAUCUGGUUGAAAGGAGUUGUUACUCAAGCACUUAAACCACACGAGGAGAAGCCAACAUUUGCUAAAGCUGCGCGUCAAUUUUUGCUUAAGUGGUCGUUUUAUAGCUCGAUGGUUAUCCGAGAUCUCACUUUGAGGAGUGCUGCGAGUUUUGGAUCUUUUCAUCUUAUCAGAUUACUUUAUGACGAGUACAUGUUUUAUUUAAUAGAGCACCAAGUAGCUAUCGCAACUGGGACUACGCCAAUAGCUGUAAUGGGAGAUAAAAGUCAAAAUUAUUCUUUAGUUAGUAGCUUUGGAGCGACAUCCAAUGGAGAUGCGUCUAAUGCGAGCCAACCAAAACGUAUAAAACUAAGCUAACUGUGUGCCUACACUCUUUAGUUUAUGAGUAAACCAAUAGCACACGAAAAUGCGAAGAUACUAGCACGAAAGCAUGCAGGCCUACUACAAGAGAAAAACACACUAGUCUCAUAAAUUAUUAUUUUGUAUAACGUCAAAUUAUAAUUACGACAUAUAAGAAGAGGAUUUUUGCAUAAUGCCUACGACGUAUACAAUUCAAGUAAGUCUGUGUGAUAUAGAGAGGUAUUGUACUCCGCGAAGCCUUGUCUCAUAUACAGGUAUGGCGCAGAUUUAAAGUAUCGCUGGCACGAUUUUAGUACGUUAGUAUAUAUCAAAUCUAGUCGAAACAUCUUUGGAAAAAAAAUUAAAGUACACGGGACCAUGAAUUUGUCAUGCCCUCGUUUGAAAAGCCCACUCGAUUGUGUUUUCUAUGGAUUAUUACUCAGUAUUUA